AUGGCGACCUCGCAGCGUGUUGUCAUCAUCGGUGCUGGCAUUGUCGGUACCAAUCUUGCUGAUGAGCUGGUUUCGAGAGGAUGGAACAACAUUACCGUUAUCGAGCAAGGCCCGUUGAGCAUGCCAGGAGGCUCAACGUCACACGCACCGGGCCUUGUGUUCCAGACGAACCCGUCGAAGACAAUGACCCUGUUCGCCAAAUACACAGUCGAGAAGUUACAAUCACUUGAGAAAAAUGGCCAGAACUGCUUCAACCAGCUGGGUGGUCUCGAGAUCGCGACAACACAAGAGCGCCUGGAAGAGCUCAAGCGCAAGCACGGGUAUGCUCAGUCUUGGGGCAUCGAAGCACACUUGAUCAGUCCAGAGGAGUGCCACAAGAAGUACCCGGGUUUGAACAAGAGUAUGAUCUUGGGUGGCCUUCACAUUCCGAGUGACGGUCUGGCAUUAGCAGCCCGCGCCACACAGCUGCUCAUCGAGAGCACAACCAAAGCUGGCGUCCGAUACCUCGAACACACCGUAGUCACCGGCAUCGAACAGGCGAAUGGCCACGUGACAGGCGUCACCACAAACAAGGGCAGCGUGCCUGCAGAUAUUGCCGUGUCUUGCGCCGGAUUUUGGGGCGUGGAGAUCGGUAAGAUGAUCGGGCUGAAGGUACCACUCCUCCCGCUCGGUCACCAAUACGUCAAGACAACAGCUGUACCGGGCCUUGUGGGUCGCGACGUCAACAAGAACAUCAACGCGAUGAAUGCUGAGUACCCGAUCCUGCGAUACCAAGAUCAGGACUUAUACUACCGCGAGCAUGGUGAGCAGUACGGUAUUGGAUAUUAUGGGCAUCGACCUAUGCCAGUCAAUGCCGCAUCUUUGGGCGUCACACCAGAGAAGGUUGAUGAGAAGAACAUGCCAUCACGGCUCGAGUUUACGCCCGAGGAUUUUGAACCAGCCUGGAAAGCAACGAAGGAGCUACUGCCGGCACUUCGGGAGACUGAGAUUGCAGAUGGUUUCAAUGGUAUUUUCUCCUUCACGCCAGAUGGCGGAUCAGUUGUAGGCCAAGCGCCCAAUCUCGACGGGUUCUACGUUGCCGAAGCUGUCUGGGUGACGCACUCUGCUGGUGUAGCUCGGGCUGUUGCCGAGAUGCUCACUGAAGGCCGCUCCAAGAUAGACAUUGCCGAGUUGGAGGUGACUCGAUUCGAAGAGGUCCAGCUCAGUCCAGAGUACAUCAGUGAGACGUCACAGCAGAACUUCGUGGAGAUCUACGACAUCAUCCACCCACUCGAACCGAAGCAUACUCCACGCAACCUACGUGUCAGCCCAUUCCACGCUCGACAACGUGAGCAAGGCGCGUUCUUCCUCGAGGUCGGAGGUUGGGAACGUCCGCACUGGUACGAAGCGAAUGCUGAGCUCGUCACGUCGCUUCCUAAGGAUUGGAGGCCAGUCGAUCGUGAUGCUUGGUCGUCGAAGUUUUACUCCCCAAUCGCAGCAGCAGAGGCAUGGAAGACUCGCAACGCAGUCGCAAUGUAUGACAUGACCACGUUCCAUCGAUUCGAAGUCUUCGGUCCCGCAGCCGUUGACUUGUUGCAGCGUCUUACGACAAGCGAUGUGACCAAAGCGCCUGGUGCUAUCACUCACACAUUGCUCCUCAACAGACAUGGUGGAGUUCUGAGCGACAUUUUUGUGUCAAGGAUUGAAGAUGACGUAUUCCAGAUUGGCGCCAACACCGCCACCGAUCUCGCCUACCUCGUGCGAGAGGCCCGUCAACAGUCAAAGGGCACACCCAGUCAGUGGGUGCAAGUACGCGACGUCACCGGAAGCACUUGUUGUCUUGGUCUCUGGGGACCUCGAGCUCGCGAUGUGAUUCGAGAGAUCAGUGCAGACGACUUCUCCAAUAACGGCUUGCCAUACAUGGGCGUUAAGAAGUCAGGCCUCGCCGGUAUCUCAGUCACGAUGUUCCGAAAGUCGUUCGUCGGAGAGCAUGGGUGGGAAAUCCAGACAACACCGGAAUUUGGCCAACGGUUGUGGGAUCUUCUGUGGCAAGCAGGCCAGUCUCAUGGACUCGUGGCCGCUGGCCGUGCUGCGUUCAACGGUCUGCGACUGGAGAAGGGCAUCCGAGCUUCAGGUUCAGACUUCUCAUCUGAAUACAAUCCGUAUGAGGCUGGCAUCACCUACGCGAUCCAGAGAGACAAGAAGGUCGACUUCGUUGGCAAGGCUGCGCUCGAGGCUGCGUCAAGACGCACACCAACGAAACGGCUGAGGUGCUUGACUGUUGACGAUGGUCGCUCCAUGGUCUUGGGUAAGGAGCCAGUCUUCCGUAACGGACAAGUAGCCGGUUAUGUCACCAACGCAGCCUUUGGGUACACUGUUCGCAAGCCCAUUGCAUACGCCUGGCUACCGAAGGAUCUCAACGAGGGCGAUUCGGUGGAGAUUGAGUAUUUCAGCCGCAAGAUCACUGCUACUGUAGUGUCAGACCCGCUGUACGACCCACAAGGUCGCCGUCUGCAUGACGAUGGUCCAUCGGAGAAGCCCGAGCUGCAAAAGCGAUUGAAGGCACUGUUGUAG